AUGGCUACACUAACCCAGACCUUCCCAUUUACCGACCCAGCGGGUCUCAAAAACAUUAGUCCUGCUUCCAAGGAUAUUGGCAUUGGUGGUAGAAACACGGCGGUGCAGUUCGCCAAUCCAUUGACCCAGGGCAUCCUAUACCUACACCCGCAUUUGAGUCAGGCCCGAGACCCAGUCAAAGGCAGGAUUCUCAGUACCAAUGGGCCCAUCCGUGCUGGAGAGCUUCUUAUGGCGGAUCUUCCCUAUGCCGUGGUGCCUGUCACAGAUGGCGGUUCUAGUGAUGGAGUUGUCUGUAGCAAUCUAGGCUGCAGCCGACAAAUUCCCCGUCAAGCGUCAAAGAGUGCUCAUUGUCACCAUGGCUGUUCCUCUGACAUCCGCUGGUGCAAUCAGCGAUGCAAGGAUGAGGACCAGAACCGCCACGCCUUUGAGUGCUUCUGGCUGAAAAAGUGCGGAGCUAGAGCUCGGCAGGAGCUUGGCGACCAUGAUUAUCAUAUGCUCUGGAUUAUCGUGCGUAUGCUCGCGGCCAGAUACCUCGAGAGACACGGAGCCACGCCGACAAACGUGCGACAGCAGUUUUCUCGUCAGGACCAGUUCGUGAGCGGCUGGAAAGGUGUCGAGAUGUUACGUACCAAUCGGCAGGCGUGGCCGCCGUCUCAGAUCGCACACUGGUCCACUUUGGUUAAGGUCUACUUACAGAACGAGUCUUUACUGCCCGAGACGCUUCCCGUCGAUGAUCUUGUCAAUAUCAUCUGUGCCGAAGAGACUAAUGUCUUCGAACUCUGCCCUGGGCCGACCGAAAUAUUUCCUGGCCAGGAGCUGGAUAUCUGCCGUGGAAAGCAAUACGGGCUUGCACUGUUCCUCCGCAUCACUCUGGCCAAUCACUCCUGCAUUCCCAACGUAACGCAUCAAGCUGAUGAUCGUGGCCGCAUGAUGGUCACUGCGCUCAGGGAUAUUGCUUCAGGUGAAGAGUGCUGCACCUCGUAUUUUGAUUUGUCUGAAUACGUUGACUUGGACGCGCGUCGCAAAAAAACGGAAGAGCUUUUUACCUUUACGUGUCAAUGCCCGCGGUGCUUGGAGGAGGAGCAGCUUAUAAAGAAUGGAGAAUAG